GACACUCCUCCUCCCCUGCCCUGCCUGCCCUGCCUGCCCAGCCUGUCUUGCUACAUUAGACACGGAGUACAGGGACGACCCAAGGCAAAUACCACGGUACAUGUGGUCCAAUAUACAACAUACUUCAGUACUUAAGUACUUAAGUAUUCCACAGAACACACCCCGUUGCGACUCACCAACUACCACCCGCCGCCGUUAACAAACUCUCUGCAACUCUGGUACUCUGGAAAGGCAGACAGCUAGAACUGCAAGACCCCCCCGGUGCCAUCCUUGCCCUCCCCGCUCCCCGCACCAUCCUCCAUCCAGCCCGGAUCUGCAGCAUCGGGUGAGCAUCGCCCUGCAAGAUCUGCCCAGGCCUGCCCAGGCCUGCCUUGCCUGCCUCGCCUGCCUCGCCUGCCUCACCCACCGCCUAAAGACCCCAAGCUCGAUCGCAGACAUUUUGCCCUGGGGCCCCUCCUACCCAACAUUGAAGUAAACCAUCCCAGACCUCCCAGCCGGCGGCCGCACUUUCUCUCAGCCUCAGCCUGGGCCUCACUACUCUCCGUCUCCGUCUCCGUCCCCGUCUCCGUCCCAGUCUCGCCUCAGAUCUCGCUGGAUGCAAAUGCAACACGGGACACCCAGCACAAGCACUACACCAUGAUCUUCACAGACUUGUAUAAGUCGCCCAAGUCGCCAUUAUCCAGAUUACGUCACUCCCAUAAUACCCAGCUCCCGCUGCUUUCUUCCGACUAUGACCCCGACUUGACCAGCAAGGAUAAGACCAAGCAAAAGGAGGCCGUCAAGAAGCAUCUGCAGUCCAAGGUCCGCAAUGACUGGACUUUCACUUGGCCACCGCCCGGGCACCCAGCCUCCUCGCCCGCCAACGCCGUGUCAGAGCCCCUGGGGGCCACAGGGGACGCUCCCGCGGCUGAGGACCUCGAGGGCUUCCUCGAGGUCGCCUCAGACGGUCCCGACCAUGACGGCCAGUCGGUCGGUGGCGAGGACGCCGACAGGGAGUCGGCCGAGGACUCGGGUUCUGACGCCGAUUCCGUCUACAGCACCGUGAUAGAAGACCCCGUCCACUGGCGCCCGAGGUUGGAAUGGGCAUCCGAGCUGUCUGAAGAUGAACUGCCCCACAGUUCUUCCUCCCCCUUCAAAUUUGAUUCCCCGGACUCAGUCGGCCAGGCCGUCCAUGCCUCCAACAUCGCCGCCAAGGCCCGGAGGCGCAGAGAGGUUCGGAAGGAGGCAGCAUGGAAUGACGGCCUCGCGUGCUUCGAGGCCAGGAGAAAUGCGUGGACCGAGGCAAAGGUGGCUCGAGCCCGCCCCAAGCCGGCUUCCCCAGUGUCGCCGUCGUCGCCUAGGAAAGGCCUCUUCUGGAGGACGCACACCCACUCCUCGACCAAUGCUGGCCAGACAGCCGCAUCUCCGUCUCCUGUCACUUCCCCACUGACGCCAGUCACGACAAACUCGCAUCCAGAUGCCUCCCAAGCACACGGCGGCAGUGGUGGCAGCGGCAACUCUACCCCCGAUGACAACCUGUCGCCAAAAACUUCACGAAGCGAUCAUGCCCACAAUGAGCCACCGGGAUCAGAGCAAUUCCCUGUCGAGACGCUGCUGCCAAUCGCCCUACCCCUCCUCCCACCAGCAAACCCGAUGCGCGCCAGCAUCACGCCGGCCCUGUACGCAUCGAUCUACGAAAAGGUUGUUGUGCACAGCCUGCAGCCGUCCUGCCCCAUAAACCUGGGAGACAUGGUGCGCGCAUGUGUGGCAGGAUGGAAGCGCGACGGCGAGUGGCCACCCCGAGUUGCAGGCCCUGAGCCUGCCGCCCUGGUUGCGGUCAAGAAGAGGAAGUCCGCAACGACCGCGACGGCCGCACCACCAGCCCCGGCCGGGUUUGCCCCCAUCAAUGGGACGGGGGCGUCCGGGCGCAAGCUAAGCUUCUCUCUACUGGGCGGCCACGGGCACGGCGGCGAGAAGGGCAGGAGGGAGAGUCUGGCCGAGGAAGGGAGCAAGGCCCUUAGGAGGAGCCUUCAGAAGGUCCUGGGGAUCGGACACGGACAGCAUCCUAAUCAGCCUGUCGACGGCAGUGCCAUUGUGCAAGAGCACUGAUGCUGGGUAGUGCUACGUAAUAAUGCUGAAACGAUUUAUACCCACCGUAACAUAGCCCCAUGUCGCAGAGGAUCCAGCAGACCCCCACGAGCCGAUCGCUCAUUGCUGGGUCUCGUGGUGUUGUGAGACACGGCGGGAUGGAGAUUGUCUCUCCUUGCGUGACUGACAGACAUCUGACACGUGCAGCCACCGACAAUCAGCUCGGGGUUCAGGCCGAGGAGCGUAGAUGGGCCCAUGCCAUGGCAGUCCAUAACAGGCGUGAACUGCACACGCUGACAGGUUGCCGACCAACAGGCUCUCGUCGAUCCGGUGGGAUGGGGAUCUAUGGGGAUCUAUGUG